CACACAAGAAAGCACUGACUAACCAAACUAACCACGGUCGGUCGAUCACACCCACCAGGUACUGUAUGCAGCUGGCCGCUGGGCCACCGCCCUUCCCCUUGCACCCCUCCCAGUCCCAGCCACCUAACGCAGCCGCCUCCUGCCACCAUGACCAUGACCAUGCCACCCAUUCCCUCCGCUAUUCUCGUUCUUCUGCUUGUUUUCCCUGAUCCGCUCCCUUGCCUCUUCCUGGUGCUUGACAAGGUCGUCCGAGGGAUUGAACCCCGCCCGCCCUCUCGCCUGGUGGGGGCUGCACCAAUAUCUGCACAGACAGACAGACGGCGGCAUGAUAUCGGCAUAUAUGUCUGCCUGUCCUAGCUUACAGGUUUCCCUUGCCCCCACGGCGGUCGUUGAGCCGCUGCGUGUCGUUGCCGCACCGCUGCCCGAAGAUUUGGUGACGGCCUUUGAACAGGGUGAUGCGCUUGUCCGGGCUCACUUGCAGAGCGCGUGUGAGUGUCGGCCUUCCACCGGCCUCGGCCAGGUCCGUUGUGGGUGGGAACUUGUUUGUCUGCGUGAGAUGUGGCGGGGAUGCCAUAGAGGGUGAUGGGCUGGUUGUUGUCACUUCAGCAGCAGCAGCAGCAGCAGUGAUCAUCACGAUUCCGAGAGCAAGAGGGACCAAGGCAAUGGGCAUCAAAGGUCACCCCAGGACGGCCGCACGGACAUGAUGGGCUCAGACAGAAGGGCCGAGGCUGGCAGGCCUCCUCGCCCCAGCACAUCGUUCGCCCUUUUGAGGAAAGGAUCCGCUAUCAUUAUUUCUGUCUGGGGAACCCUGCGGCUCGGCAGCAGCGCGUGCACCGCCGACUUCACUCUGCAGCGUAGGCUCUGCAGCCGUGCCACAAGGCGGAACAAUUGGUUGAACUGGAGCACCAGAGACG